AUGUUGAGCAACGCCUUUUCUCUUCUUGCGACUGCCCUGGCGGCGUCGACUCUUGCCUCUGGCCAGACUUUCACAGACUGCAAUCCCACUCAAAAGGAUUGCCCUCCUGAUCCCGCUUUUGGCAAGGGCAAGGUCACUUGCGACUUUACCAAGGGCGCCUGCAAGGACAUCAAGCCCAUGGCUGGAACUACAGUCACAUACGGCAAAGAGGGCGCCUUUUUGACCGUGAAGAAGGAGUCGGAUGCGCCCACCAUGCGCACUGACAAGUACCUCUUCUUUGGCCGUCUCGAUGUCGAGCUCCAGGCAGCCAAUGGCGCUGGUAUUGUCUCUGGUGCUGUCCUCCAGUCUGAUGAUCUCGACGAGAUUGACUGGGAGUUUGUCGGCAAGGACAACGCCCAGGGCCAGACCAACUACUUUAGCAAGGGUGACACUACUACCUUUGACCGCGGCGCAUACCACCCUGUCUCUAACCCCUUGACUUCUACCCAUACCUACUCUAUGGAGUGGACGUCCAAGGCUAUCAACUGGCAGAUUGACGGAAAGACCGUGCGCACCCUCGAGGCUGCCAAGGUCGGCGACAAGUUCCCCCAGACACCUAUGCAGGUUAAGGUUGGCGCUUGGGUCGCCGGCAAGCAGAGCAUGCCUCAGGGCACGCGCGACUGGGCUGGUGGCAUGGUCGACUUUUCCAAGGCUCCCUUCAACUUUAUCAUCAAGAAGCUUACCAUUGUCGACUAUGCCGGCGGCGAUAAGCCUGCCACUAAGCACGUCAAGCAGUACAGCUACGGCGACCGAUCUGGCUUGGCUAAGUCAAUCAAGGUCUCUAACCAGUGGAUCAAGGUUGGUGACGGCAACAAGACUGGACCCGGCGCUGCUAAGGCCAACUCCAACACUACUGUGUCUGCCACCGCUAAGCCCUCUCCUUCUCCUUCGCCUUCUAAGAGCGAGGGUGUCUCUGUCUCCAUGACAGUCAACUCCCUGCUCUUUUUCGGUACUUGUGUCCUUGCUCGCUUUGUUUUGUAAGCGGACGGUGGAACUUUUUAGUGUAGAACAUUUACGACUUAGACGGACCGACUAGCGAUGGACCGGCAGAUUAGGUACAUACCCUCGUUUACUUUUUGUUAUUUUGUACCAGAAGCUAUAUUGGCUAGCUAUCAUUAGAAGCAAUAAUUUAUUUCAUUUUUUCUGGAA